GACACGUUGUUGACUUCCUUUGAUAGAUAUUACCCUGGCUAGGCCACACUCCGUGAAGACACGAACCUUGAUUGAAGAACUUGCAGCUGACGCUAUGAGGCGCUGACUCACUGGGCAUCCGUGAUUAUCGCAGUUGAAGGGUUUGUCAUGUCAGAUACGUCAUUUCGCCGCUGCGAACAUUCUGGCGGUGAAAUAUUAUUGCAAAGCAACGGAGUAUCAGAUGCCGAACUGCGGACAAUUGUGGUCGUCGGACGACUACUGGACAACUGUCGGACGAACUCUCUCGUGACUUAGGUCCCGUGAUGCCCCAUGAGCAUUAGCUGGCGAAAUCCAGACCCUGGCAACCAGCUACUGGAAAUAACCUGCGUACCCUUUUGCCGCACAUUCUGGAAUCUCGAGUGCGUGAGAUGAAAGGAUAUCGUCCAUGGAUAUCCGAGACACUGGGCUGUGGAGGAGGAUUGCGUAAUCAGCACCACGCAUCCCAAUAAUAUAAAACGUCAUCGGAUGGGGACCAGACAGGACACCAAUUCUCAGCACCUUCCCACAGCCCUUUGAGCUUCACACAUCACACCAGACCAUGUCACCUACUGUAUACCUGAUAUCGGGCGCGAAUCGCGGGAUUGGUCUUUCCCUCGUGGAACAACUGGCAGCUCGUCCCGACGUGAUCGUGUUCGCUGGUGCCCGCGACCCCACCAAAGCCUUAGCAUUGCAAGCGCUCAAGUCCAAGUUCCCAGAGAGGGUUUACCUCGUCAAGCUUACCUCGGCCAACAAACAGGAUAACGAAGAAGCCGUCGCCAAAGUGAGCGAGAUUGCUGGGAGACUGGAUGUUGUGAUUGCAAAUGCCGGGAUCUCGAAUGCAUUCUAUUCCUCUUUGGAUACGCCUCUGGACGCUAUGCAAGAGCACUUCGUGGUUAACGUCCUUGGUCCUCUCGCCCUCUUCCAGGCUGCAUACCCGCUUCUUAAAACCAGCACUUCUAGUCCCAAGUUUUUCCCUGUCUCGUCCCUCCUGGGAAGCAUCCAGGUCGGGACUGUACCCCCCAUCAAAGCCACUGCCUAUGGAACGAGUAAAGCUGCUGUCAACUGGCUGGCAGCAAGACUCUAUUACGAGUAUCCCGACCUGAUCUCCCUCCCAAUUCACCCUGGCACUGUCGACACGGACAUGGCAGCCAAUGCGAUCUCACAUAUGCCUGAGCUGAUUGAAAAAUUUUCAAUGAUUACAACAGAGGAGAGCGCAGCUGGGAUCCUGAAGGUGGUGGAUGCGGCGAAGCGGGAUGAGAGUGGGCCGAAGAUGACCAGUUAUGAUGGAUCCGCCCUGCCUUGGUGA